AUGACUUUGCAAGAUGAUAAAUUACUACAAGAAGAACAAAUUCAAAUAAGUGAAUUACAUGAGAUAUCAAGAGCUAUCAUCGCAGGCGAUACUUUUUUAUAUAGCGAACCUUCAAAUAAAAUCAACUUUUUCAAAUUUUCCAACCUUCAAACAUCAACCUACACUGACAAGAAAGUAACAGGUGUUCCAAAAUGCUUUGCUAUUUCUCCUGAUGAAACAAACAGUUGUGUUGGAUAUGACGACGGGAAAAUCGCUGUUUUCAGUUCUGUUUUUGCAAGUCGGAAAUCUGAUUUGACUGCAAGUGUAAUCGAACCCAAGCUCGGCGAAAUUAAAUCAAUUGAAUUCAUCGAUACUACAACUUAUAUCUUCUCAAAUGGCCCAGGAGUAUAUAAAAAAUCAUUGGGUGCCUUGAACCAAUUAUCCAGCUUUGUAGCUAAGAAGGAUAAACCAAUUUUUGAGCAACCGGAAAAUCAUAUUAACAAAUUAUACGUUCCUCCGAUCUUCAAAGGCAAAACAAUCUGCUAUCCUCAAUUACAGAAUAUCGUUUGCGCUCUUUCCAAUGAAAAUGUUACAUUCUACAAGCUAGGAGAAAAAAAUCCACUUUUAUUUAGCAUUAAAACCAUUGGUCUCUUCGCCUUUGGAUCGAUAUCCGAAUCUUCAUUCAAUUUUGCUACUGUUGAACAAGAAGGAGAUAAAUUCUACGGAAAAAUUUACGAUUAUCAAGAUCAUUCAACAGAAAAAUCGAAAUUUGAGCUUCCAUUUAAACCUAAACUUAUUUCAUUCUUAUCAGAUACCAUCGUUGCCUUCAUAAAAGAGACAACAGCUGAAGAAACAACAGCAAAAGCAAUAAUUAUUGAUACAAUCAACAAUAAAUCGGAAAUAAUGGAUACAAUGACUGGUAUUUACAUACCAUCAACAGAUGUUAUCUAUUGCAUCAACAAUAAAUCGAUUUACAAGCUAAAAAUGCUUGCUUUUCGAGAUCAUAUAUCAAAUCUCGAGAAAAAUCCAGAUGCAGCAUGCGAAUAUUGCAGCAAAGCAUAUAAUGGUGAUCCAUGGUCCAUCAUUGGCCUCUCAAAGAACGAAGAUUACAGAAGAUUGCAAAUUGAAAAAGAAUUAUCCAGAAUUUUGGUCCAAAAGUGCGCAGCAGACCUAACAAACGAUGUAUCAAAGGCUUCUGUGAUCAUGGAUGACAUGAUAACUAGAAUGAAGUCAAUGUCAAUGAAAAAUGCGAUCACAAACGAAUUUAUGGUCCCAUUUGAAAAUGCCGGCGCUAUAAAUGAAUAUUUCCAAGCAAUUAUGAAGGCCGAUCCAGACGCUAAGUAUUUUGUUUACAAAAAACCUUUUGUUCAGAAAUUCUUAGAAACAAAAGAUCUGGAAGGCUUCAACGAGUUCGUUCUCCGACUCCCUGACAUUAUUGCUCCAACAGCGAUGAUAUUAAGUUCGGCUUGUAAGAAUAACAACGUUGAAUUAAUGUAUAAGAUUUAUCUUGAGCGUCUUGAUGAUGUUAUUUCAGCAUUGAAUAUUCUUGCAUGCAAUAAUAAAUAUGAAAUUAUCGUUGAGACUUGCCAAAAGCGUCUUCAAGGUGAAAUUCCAACAAAUAUAAUCAAAUGGCUGCUUGCAAUCUCAGAGGAUGGUGCUCAUUUCCCUCGAUUAACAUCCAUUGUUCAACAAGAAGUAGGUUUGGUGGCUACGCUCCUCCGAACAAUUAUGGAAACUGUUUUGGAAACUAAAAUAAUUCCCCCUGCUCAGUUCGUAAACGCUGUUAUCAUAGCUAUUAGUGAUGCAAAGCUCCCAGCCGACCAUGAUCUCUUCAAGAUUGUUGUAGAAUUCACGAGAAAGAAAGGAAUGGAAUUAUUCGGAACAUCCCUCAACAUUUUAUUACCUUUGAUCUUCAGCGAAGAGAUGAAAAAAGAUCCUCCAUAUAAAUCCACCUUCAUUGACCUUCUACAUGAAAUUACAAAAUUGGAAAAAAUUCCAAUUGAAUUUAAGAAGAAACUUAUUCCACUUUGCGAGUCCUAUGGAUUUAUACAAGCCAAACACGAGAUCCUCCUUGCAUCAGAAAUGGUUUCUGAGUUAAUAACUUUUCAUAUUCUUGAACAAAAUAGCAUAAAGAGCGAUAUCUUCGCAGAUAUAAUGACAAUGUUCAAGAACCAACCCACAGUUAGGCCUAAAAUCCAGGAAGCCAUCAUACAAAACAUUGAUUUACUUGUAUCUAAAGAUAUUACUAAACUGAUCCAACUCGUGAAGGUCGUAUUUGCACCAGAAGAUGGUAAAGAGCAAUCAUUCCCCGACAAACGUUUAGUAAAUGGCAUAAAAGACAGUUCAAUGAAGAAUUAUUUCAUCAGAGAGUUCUUUAAGACCACAGAGACUGCCAAGAUACCAGAUGAAUACUCCUCCGGAUACAUAAACUUCCUUUGCCAGUACUAUCCAAGCGAAGUUCGCGAUUUCAUUGACAAAGAGAAGAAUCCGGACAAAUUCCAAGAGAUUUGUCGCAAGGAAAAAAUCAAUGAUGCAUGUGCGAUCAUUGAUUCCAAGACAACUUACUUAUUCAGCAAGUUUGCAACUGAUAUAACAAAUUAUUUCGACGAAAUGACCAUGAGAUACGUCGACAAGAAGGAUAAUGUUGAAAAGCUCCAGAACAACUUAACAUUCCUCGUUAAAUUGUUCGAUAGAAACCAAGGAACUCCUGAUGAUAAUCUUAAAAAGGCAUUUGCCGACGCAGUUAAGUCCAUUGCAAGGAACUGGGCCAUCCCGAUAUAUGCUGCUAACCAGGCAGGCUUAGAUAUCAAGCCUUUGCAGGAUAAUCUCAAAUUAUUCUGCAUUGCCGGUUACGCAUUUGUUCCAUUCGAUGAAUUACUGACCACUAUUGUUGGUGAAUAUGGCGAAUUAUCGAUCGGAUUGAUCAGAUCCACUAUCAGAGAAUUAGUCAAAGAUUAUUCUUACGAUGUCGACACUUCUGCAGCCUUAACUAACUUAAUUAUGGAGAAUGAAGCCGAUGCGUAUAACAAAUAUAUCGAAGCAUCGACAAAAGGUGUCGAAUUCGAAGGUCGUAAGUGCGAUCUUUGCGGAAAAUCUCUUACAGAAGGUUUGGAUGUUACUUUGUUCCCUUGCGGACACAUUUUCCAUGGAGCGUGCACUUCUAGAACGAAAUGUCCUGUUUGUUUCGAAACAGACGCUUUCGAAAAAUCUCCAGAAAAAGGAAAAACAAUCAGCAACAGAAUUUCUUCUAGAUUGGCAAACUUCGAGGAAGGAAUGCUCGUGAGACAAGAAGAAUAUGCGUAUAUCGAUGAUACACCGAAAACAAGAGUUUCAAUCUCUGACAAUAUCGCUAGCUUGGAAUAA